ACCAUGACGGCGAUUCGACAGCGAGUCGAUCGCAUGGAGAAGCCCUCGACAGAGCGCCGUGCUAAAAGGCAUCAAUGCGACCGGUGUCCCUACAGCACGGAUCGCCCUGGACACAUGAAGCUGCAUGAGAGAACGCACACGGGCGAAAAGCCAUUCAAGUGCACCGUGUGUGGGAAGGCUUUUGUAUGUUCAUCAAAUUUUCGAGUUCACGAAAGAAUACACACGGGUGAGAAGCCCUACAAGUGCACUGUGUGCAUGAAGGCAUUUGGUCGUUCAGAACCUCUUCAAAAUCACGAGAGAACGCACACGGGUGAGAAGCCCUACAAGUGCACCGUCUGUGGGAAGGCAUUCAUCUACUCAAACUAUCUUCGGAUUCAUCGGAGAACGCACACAGGCGAAAAGGCAUUCAAGUGCACCGUGUGUGGGAAGGCAUUUGUCUAUUCAAACUAUCUUCGAGUUCACGAGAGAACGCACACGGGCGAAAAGCCCUACAAGUGCACUGUGUGUGGGAAAGGGUUUGCUGCGUCAGGACAACGAAAGAAGCAUGAGAAGAUCCACGAGAGGGUGAAAUCUACUUGCGAUGGUCAAAGUGCUGCUCCCAUGAGUCCAUCUCUCAUAAAACAAGAACCGGAAGAAACUGACAACUUCGCUACGUGGCCAGGAGUGAUGAAGUGUGAAGAAGAGAUAACGGUGAAGCGUGAAGGUCAGGGUUCGACUCCAGGAGGCGACCUCCUGGUGGAUGGAGUGGACGUGAAGCAGGAGGAUGAGAAUCGAGAUUGUCGCUUGUGAUGACCCCGUCGUUUUUGAAAAAGGGGUCACUUCAGCUUUGUCGGCAUUACCGGGAAAAAAAAAUGUGUUCGUUUAGUAAACUGGAAAAGGACUUUGGCCAUAU